CCAGCCAGCAGCGAAUCAGUCAGUUUACAAAGAACAUUCGUCCGUGUCGGUAGCGAGUUUGUGCUGUUUCCGUGUGAUUUGUCGAGUCGAGAGAUCCCGGAACCGUGUCGCGUCGUCGUCGUCGUCGCCGUUGUCAUCGUCCUCAUUGUCGUCGGGUUCAGUUCCUACAGAGAGGUGUGUUGAUUGCGCGCGGAAUUAGUGAUUUUUUCGUGAUUGUGAUUCUGCGUUUGGCUCGAUUUUAAAAAUUUGUGUUGGAAGGUGAAGAUUUGUGAUACGGCGUUAGAAGAAAUUCAAUCUACCAGCCCCAUCAUCAACAACAUCACCGCCGUCAGUCAGCAUCACCGCGCGCCACGCCGCCGGUCGUCGCCAUCAUCGACAUCUUCCAAGCACGAUCACGGAGAGGAAACCCACACCAGAAGACAACAGUAAUCGGGCGCCACGGAAUCGUAGAAGAAGAAAAAUUAUACAACCACAACAGUAACAAUCGACUUCCAGCAACAACAACGGUGCACCAGCAAAAAUAGCAGAAGCGAAAAAAAGUUGAUUAAAUAAUAGGCUCACUUUAGCGAGCAACUAGUGUGUUGUGGUGUCUAAUCCAAGCCCUCGGUGAAGUAAUUGUGUGCAACUUAGUGGGAAGUGCUUGGCGAAGCAACAAACCAAGCCCGAAAGGACCCUCGUCUCGGAAGGUGCAACAAAGUCAAAGCGAAGCAGCAUCCAGCCAAUACGGUGAGCUCGAGUUGCUGCUGGAAAAACGAUAAGCUGGCUUCGUAAUCCAAACUAGGCAGUGAGGUUCCCACCAUUGCUGAUACCGACCUUCCCUCGCAAUGAAGGGUUGGUUCGAUGCAUUUCGAGACGACGGGGCUCCCACUCUGUACUCGUUCUCCAACCGAACCCCAGUAACCGGCGAUGUGUCGAUUGUGGCCGUAUGCGUCUUGUUUGCCACUAUCUAUCUGGCAUUUCUGGUCAUCUUCCCCGGCGUGCGAAAGCAGAAAUUCACUACCUUCACGACAGUAACCCUUAGCUUAUUCGUAGGAUUAGUUAUUUUAGUUACCCGACUGGGUUCAGGUUGGCAUGUGGCUCAGUCAACCAUCGUCGCACCGUACAAGGCGUUCUCGCGAGAGAAGCUUCCGGCCCGGCUGGGCGCCCACAUUGGACUGAUGCACAUCAACAUCACGCUGGCAGCACUGCCUGUUGGCAACUGGUCCACCCCGGACAUUGACUUCAACGAACGAUUUAGCUGGAACCAAGCUAAUGAUAUGGGCAACUCGUACAAAAACGCUCUGCAGCGUGGCUUGCCAUAUCCCAUUCUGACCGUGGCGGAAUAUUUCAGCCUUGGUCAGGAAGGAUUCGCAUGGGGUGGACAGUACCGAGCCGCUGGCUAUUAUGCUAGCAUUUUACUAUGGGCUUCCUUCGCAUCGUGGUUAAUGAUGAAUCUACUUCUGGUGGCUGUGCCACGUUAUGGAGCCUACACUAUGACGCUCACCGGGGCCCUGUUGAUUGGGGCCAGCAUUGGCUACAGCCAGAUGCUACCGAAACGACCGUUAACGAUCUUCAUCGAGGGAGGCCGCAUCAGCUUCCGGCUGGGAUGGUGCUUUUGGCUUGUGCUGGUUGCAGGCAUUCUCUGUCUAUCGGUUGGACUGAUAAUAUCAAUCAUCGAUUUGGUGUGGCCUCACCGAUUCUCAACCAUUCUAGAGGUUUAUUACGACACUCCCUACGAUAGACACGUGAUAUUGGAAGAAUCUCACGAUGUCCGGUACCGUAAACGUAAUAGCAAAGGUCUAGAAGAUCCUCCAGGGCUUGGAUCGCGAAUUCUUCGCCGCCUGUCAUCGAAAACUCGGGAGCAAACCAACGACAAAGCGGGCAUCGAGAACCGUGGCUUCCAGCAUGAUGUUCCGAAGUCACCGUGGCGCUAUCCGUUCCGACGAACUCAGCAAUCGCCUCCGCAGGGAAUCCAGCGCACCAUUUCGCAAGAUUCCAACUCCAGUAUCGCAUCCGCAGCUGCCAUGUCUCAGUCGCUACACAAAGUUGCACUCUCCAGAAUGCUGCCAAAACCGCCUCUGGAGCGCACCCGCGAAAUCUCAAACUGGUAGACGAUAAACAGCCAUUAACACAAUCGCCCAACCACAAUCGGUUCAAAACCGAGCGCCAAUCCUCACUUAAAAACUAGGAACCACACGUGUGCAACUUUACGUGAUGAAUCUCUUGUGAUAUUAAAUCGUAAAACACCGAAAAUUGACAAAGCAGAAUAACUUAUCGAGAUAAAUAAUGCAACAAACAAAAAAAAAAAACAAAUCCAAGUUAUUCUGGAAGGCCUUGUUCAAAUGCGACUUAUCUUAAGAAUAGGACGAAACAAUUUUAUAGAUUAGGGACUUAUUGAAAAUGGCUUCGUAUGGAGCAGAUUUUAAACUGACCGUGUGUCUAGACGUUGAAGUGUAGCGAUAGUAGUAUUCUAGGAAUUAUUCAUCAAAUGCUUAGAAUUAAGACUGGCCAACUUGCAGAACACUUGGGCCGCAUUCGUAAGAAAUUAUCAGAAACCCAACUAUUACAAGACUAUCAGGAGAGAAGAGAGAGAGAGAGUGUAUAGUGCCCUUUUAAGAUAUUUAUUAAUUUCGAUUGUGUAGGGAGUUUUACGAGUAUGUAGGAAGAAUUUUAAUUAUCAGGAACCCAGUGACAGAGAAGAAAAAUGAAGUAUUAAUUAACUAUGUGUCAUGUGGACAGAGAAGAUUGUAAUCGCUAUCGAAUAUGAAAUAAAUGAAAAACUAUUGUGACAUA